AUGCCAGCUACAGACUUGGGUGGCCGAAAGUAUGGCAUCGUCGUGGUGGGAGCCUCUGGCUUCACGGGCACACUGAUCAGCACAUACAUUGCAGCCAACCUUCCCACAGAUCUCAAAUGGGCAAUCACUGGUCGGUCGCAGGCGCGGCUCGACAAGCUAGCUGCCAAGUUACGACAAGACUACCCUGACAGGGUGCAACCAGAGCUCGAGGUUGUUUCGCCCGAUGAUGCCAAAACACUUGGAGAGGUAAUUGGAAAGGCCAAGGUGUGCAUCAGCAUUGUUCUUUACCAUGAGGAUGGCGAGAAAGUCGUUCGCGCGUGCAUCGAGCAGCGGACUGACUACGUAGAUUCCGCCGCCGUUCCCAAUUUAUUCAAAGAAUGGAUUGAAAAGUACCACCAACAAGCCCAGGAGAAUGGCGUUGCAUUGAUUCACUCUUGCGGGGUCAUGUCGGCGGAAAUGGACCUUUUUGCCAUCCAUGGCGCCGAGCAGAUUGCCCGAAAGUGGUCGGCAAAGAUGGGAUCAAUGACGCUGCGGGCGGAAGACCAAGGUGCCAACGUGAGCGGUGGCACGAUGCGAACCAUGCUCUCAUUCGCAGGUGCAGGACCGAAAGCGAUGGCUGCAGCCGGCGAUCCGUCCUUCUUGACGCCAGUGCCCUACACCAAGCCCAUCCAAGCGCAGAGUGGUUCACACAAGCAUCCCAUCCUUGGAUUGCUGGCCAGCUCUUCGCCCACAGCCGAUCAGGCUCGUGCCCUCAUCAACAGAACUUGGGGUCUUUUGGGUGGGCCUGAGGGCAGCUGGGGCCCCAAUUUCCAAUACAACGAAUAUGAGCGAGCUCCCUCCUACUUGGGUGCUGUAGGCCAACGGUUCCGCUGCUACAUUAUAGUCACAAUGCUAUCGUUGGUGCAGUACCCAUGGUUCAAGAACCUUCUCAUGCGCUCGGCGCCCGAAUCUGGCGCCGGGCCAACAGAGGAGCAGAGAAAGGCCAUGCCCUUCGCCGCGGCCGCGUUCAUCGAGGCUGAUCCCGCCGUGAAGGAGAAUCGGGGAAAGGGAUGCCUCAUCAAUUUCAGCUACAAGGACGGGGCCUAUCCUCUCUCUGCCUUGAUCACGUCACAGGCGGCAGCUACGCUUCUAUACGAUCGCCAUUUGUCUGCAGGUAUCAAGGGCGGUUGCCUGACGGCCGGAGUGUUGGGUCCAGAUUUCGUGGAGAGGGUUAAGCAGGGAGGUCUUGAGAUUGAGACCACCAUGAUUGAAAAUUGA